AAAUGUCCUCAUAUAACUAAGCCCUAGUCUUGGAUUAAUCUAAACCCUGUCUGGGAAACUGCCCCAUAUCAACCAGGGCACCAAAGUGUACCACAUUCAUGGUCUUGUGCCUGUCCUGUUGCAUAAAGCCACCAGCUGUAGUAAGAGGAUAUACUGGGAAUAAACUGUGCGGGAAUAAGAAACUGCUGAUGAUGUAGUUUAUCAAGUUUCAUUCUGUAAUAAACAGAAACAAAAGAUGUGCGCAUCAUCAUGUCCUUUCACUUCACGAUUGACCUUUCAUCAGUUCACAUUGUUUUCACAACAGCGAAGUCCAUUUUCUCUGUUCAUCAGUGUAAUAAAACAGACAGCAUGAGGAAGCGAACGGUGCUGAUGAACGUAGAGAUCGGUUGUUUUUUGUCCUGUUUAAGUGGAUGGAUUUUGAUCUGCUCUACUUUGGCCACUGAAUACUGGAUCGUUUCGGAAAGCGCAGAAGUCGUUCUCAGUAACGGUGAUUUCUAUUCGAACCUGUGGAUGAACUGUGUCUCCGACUCCACUGGGGUUUCUGAUUGUAAAUAUUUCCCCUCCAUGAUGGACCUUUCUGUUUUCCUCCAUGUGAGCAGGGCUCUGGUCAUAGUCUCUGUGAUUUUGGGCUUCUGGGCGGCUGUGCUUGCUCUCAUAGGAAUGAAGUGUACCAAAAUUGGAGGCUCUGAGCUCACUAAUGCCAGAGUUACAUUUGCUGCGGGGUUGACAUACAUGGCAUCCGGGUUAUGCGGUAUGACCGUGUACUCCAUGUGGGGACAGAAGGCCCGUGCUGAAUUUUUGGAUCCAUAUUUCUUAGAAUUUAAGUAUGAGCUGGGUGCUGCCCUAUUCAUCGGAUGGGGCGGAUCGUGUCUGAUUAUAUGUGGAAGCGCAGUCAUGUGCUUUUUCUCUGGGAGAGAGUCAUUUCAAAGGUUUAAUGCAAAAGUCAAAAGACCCCCGACCUACAUGACGGCACGUACCAGACAGACAUACAUGAUGCCGGGCUCUUCAAGACCCACAAUGGUCCUCACGCCUCCUUUAUAUCUACCAAACAGAGAAAAUAGAGGAAGUCAACCGAGUGGAGCCAGGAGAGGAACACAAGAAAGUCAAUUUUUAGGAACGAUCAUAUCUCGACCGCUUCCUAUAGACUCAGCUGUGUGAUCUGAUGUGAAAUGAA